GUUAUGAUAAAAAACUGCUGCAUAUAAAUUUCACAAUUUGCAAAAAAAGGGUGGUUUUUGCUUGAAAACCAGCCAUAUUAUAUAUUUUUAGAAAGGUCAUUCCAGAGACCUUUUUUGUGGAUUAGGAAUUUUCAAGAUCCGACUUACCUAUCUAAAAUUGCAAGCUGUUUAAAAAUAGUCUAAAAUUACAUAACCUCAAUCUAUUUCUUAACGGCGGUGUAUGUACAAUCUUGACAAAAAGUCUGUAGGCAGUCUGUUUUUUUAACUCAUCACUUAUUUUUAUUAGGAUCUCUUUGGUGCUGCGAUCACGUUAAGGGCGAUCCAUAAACCAUGUUAACACGUUAGGGGGGUUGGAAUCACUCUAUAAAUGAGAGGAAGGCAUCAACCACCUAGAGGUGGAUUAAGUAACGUUUUUAUAUCAGAUUUCCAAGGAAAUUUCACAUUAACAUUUUAGGAAGCCCAACCUUAGUGGUAUAAAUGUUUGUAGGGAGAUUUUGGACUCAAUGUAAGUGGGAGAUCAUGUUGCAGAUUUGCCGUUUGAUACUGCUAGCGGCAGUGUUCAGUUCGGUGGUAAUAGCUGAACAAAAAGAUGUCGUCUCGGUACCAACACGAUCCUUCAGCAUCGACUACGAGCGGGACACAUUCCUGCUGGACGGAGAGCCUUUUCGGUUCAUCUCGGGAUCGUUUCACUACUUCCGCGCCCUGCCCGGCUCGUGGCGCCACAUUCUCCGCGCAAUGAGGGCCGCCGGAUUGAACGCCGUCAUGACCUACAUCGAGUGGAGUACACACGAACCGACCGAGGGGGACUAUAGAUGGAACGAAAUUGCGGAUCUCGAGCAGUUUAUCCGGAUUGCGGAAGAGGAAAACCUUUACGUGAUACUGCGCCCGGGACCGUACAUCUGCGCGGAGCGUGACAUGGGCGGAUUUCCGUAUUGGCUUUUGAAUAAGUUCCCGAAUAUCAAGCUGCGAACACAAGACUCAGAUUAUAUGAGAGAAGUCCAGAAGUGGUACAGCGUGCUGAUGCCUCGAAUUCAAAAGUACUUGUACGGACGAGGAGGUCCAGUUAUAAUGGUGUCCAUAGAGAAUGAGUACGGAUCGUUCUCGGCGUGUGAUAAAACGUACUUACAGUUCCUGAAGAAUAUUACAGAAUCCUACAUACAAAACGAUGCUGUACUUUUCACGAACGAUGGUCCGGAACAGUUGAACUGCGGUAGAAUUCCUGGCAUUCUAGCAACUUUGGACUUUGGGUCGACGGGAAGUCCCGAGCGCUACUGGCAGAAAUUGCGCAAAGUACAGCCCAAAGGUCCGCUGGUCAACGCAGAGUUUUACCCGGGUUGGCUGACGCACUGGAUGGAACCGAUGGCUCGUACCGCAACGGGCCCCGUCGUAGACACGCUACGGCUGAUGCUGAACCAAGGAGCGAACGUAAACUUUUACAUGUUUUUCGGGGGAACUAAUUUCGCAUUCACUGCCGGAGCCAAUGAUGGAGGCCCGGGCAAGUUCAACGCGGACAUAACUUCGUACGAUUACGAUGCGCCGUUGGACGAGGCUGGCGACCCAACGCCAAAGUAUUUUGCCCUUCGCGACGUUAUCCUAGAGUAUAUGCCGGAUCCUGGAGUUCCCGUGUCUCAAAAACUCCCGAAAAUGAAGUUACCACCGGUGACACUGACACAAUACGGGUUUCUAACGUCCAUCGAAGCCCGCCAAGCACUGGCGAAAUAUAUUUUCACCAACGAUCGUACGCUGAGCUUUGAGGCGUUGAAUCAACAUUCAGGAUUUGUGCUUUAUGAAGCAGAAAUUCCACAACAUUUACACCGCGAUCCUCAAGCACUUAAAGUUACGAAUCUUCGGGAUCGCGCCUACGUGCACGUUGACAAUCAAUUUAUUGGAGUCCUGUCGAGGGAGAAUGCAAUCGACACGCUACCAAUAAGCUUGGGUCAGGGCAAACAGCUACAACUUUUAGUGGAGAAUCAAGGUCGUAUCAAUUAUGGAAUAGCGAACGACUUCAAGGGAAUCUUGGGUCCCGUAACGCUAGAUGGUAACGAGUUGCUCAACUGGACCAUGACCGGAUUUCCGUUGGACGAUUAUUCGCUUCUUAGCAACUAUUUAAACCAGUUCAGUGGAUAUGACUCCGAACAGGCCAGGCAGGCUUCGGUGAGAAUUUUCCGAGGUCACUUUACAAUUCCAAAUGAAGAAAUCCACGACACUUAUCUCGAUCCAUCCGGGUGGGGCAAGGGUUUGGCCAUCAUCAACGGGUUCAACUUGGGAAGAUACUGGCCGCUGGCUGGACCGCAAGUGACUUUGUACGUGCCAAGACAUAUCCUGGUGCGAGGAAAGAACGAGCUAGUUAUAAUCGAAUACCAGAAGGAUGUUCGCGGGGAGGCCGUCAUCGGAUUUACUGACACUCCAAACUUGGAUGGGCCUUAGUGGCACGAUUAUUUUAAUAUUUAUUUGGAACAUUAAACAACUUUCAGUCUUA